GCCCUCCUUCGCUCAUUCCUGCAGGCCGCCCUGUUUCACUAAGCGACGGACUUUUUCAAAAUAACAAAAACAAACGACCUAAGAAGAGUAUUUGUUUAGUGCGGGUUACAGGCUGGGUAGUUUCGCGCCUCUAUUUGCGCGUUUCUAAAGAUGCUCUGCGGCGAGUGGAGAGAGCGGAGUGCUGCAGUGUUUGAAAAGGCCGGUUGAAUUCUGCCGCUGCCGCCGACCAAUCGGGAGCCCCUGAUUGGCAGUGAUGGAUAGUAAGGGGAGGUCUCUGCCUGCAAUGCCUGAGCCAAAGAACCCCGCCAGUAUGAAGCAUCUCUCCGGUUCACCAGGUGGAUGUACGGGACGUGGUGAUGGAAGCACAGAUCCCACCCUUCUGUUAGAUAAAGCAGCCGCUCAGCUGGCAGCCACCCCCCAAGAAGGUGUUCUACAGAAGAUGAGUAACCACAACCACACACAUGGUCAUAACCAUGCUCAUGAGCGUCUGAAGGAUCUGACCUCUCGCUUGUUAAAUGGUGAUCAAGAUAAAAUCCCAAAGCUCUGUGCUGCCUCUGCUACACCCCCAUUCCUUAAAGGAGUGGAGCCUGGCCCUCAGCAUGGCAGUCCCCAGAGAAAAUCUGAAUCAUCUCCCGAGCUUACACUCAAAAUAACCAAACAUUUGGCCAAUGGGAAGUCGUCGCCCCCAAGCCGCUAUGACUCUAGCUAUGGAGAAGAAGCGACAGAGGAACCAAAUGCAGCUUUGAGCCUCUCUGAGGGCAUUAUGGGUUCUCCAGAUUCUAGAAAAGAAGGGAGGAAGAGGAAGAGGGGACCUGUAAAGAAGAGAAUGCCACCAAGGCACCCUAUUGUGGCUGCUGCUAUUGUCCCUGAAAGAUCCUCUGUCAUGCACACCACCAUAGAGCCGUUUGACAAGGCCCCAGAGUCACCUGGCUUCGCCCCUGAUGCAGAAGUUCUGACUGCUGAGUCUCAUGACGUGGCUAACACUGAUGUACCUGCCUGUGUAUCUCCACUACUUGAUGUGCCCACAUCAGCAGCUGAGGAGGACACUUAUAUGCAAGGUGUGAAUGAAGUAAAGGGGGCACCUACUGAGGACCAACCUCAUGUGCAGUUUUCUGUGGGAGAUAUUGUCUGGACUAAAGUGUCUGGAUACCCCUGGUGGCCAUGCAUGAUCACUACAGACCCAGAGUUUAACCUUCACUUCAGGCAGAAAGCAGCAAACAGCAGGGCAGGGUUAUUGUACCACAUACAGUAUUUUAGUGAUGCUCCAGAGAGAGGAUACAUUGCUGGGAAGAAUAUGGUCAAAUUCUCUGGAAAAGAGCAGUACCAGUUACUCUGUCGCAGCAGCAAACAAACCAGUGCCCAUUUUGCUGGCAAAAAGCUGUCAAUCCCACGUAAGCUGCGGACACCAUGGGAGAUGGGUAUCUCCCAUGCAACAGAAGCUCUAACUUUAUCUGUAGAGGAGCGACUGGCCAAGUUCAGCUUCACAUACGAGGGUGGCCUGCCACAGUUUAACUCUCGCAUGCUAAAAGUGCUGCAGCAGCAUCGUGAACAGGAACAGCCACAGCAGGGUCAUGGAAAAUUUCCUGAGACAGCUAGCCUCACUCCCCCAGACUCUACCCAGUCCAGCCCCAUCACUGUACAGACUCCCAGCAGCCCUCUCCCUUUCACCUGUCCCACCGACAGCACUUCAGCAGGGAAAAUGCCCCUUGUCACUAAAGCACCUAAGGCAUCAGCCAAGAGAAGGCAAUACAAUCGGCACAACACUUCUGUGAGGAGGAGAAAGAAAGUAGUGAUGCCUGUCGUAGUUCUCCCUCACACUGACUCUACUGUACAGGAUAUCCCUGUUGCCCUAUAUAAACAAGAGCCUAAAAAUAAGACCAAUUCUGGAAAACUGUCUAAAGAGGCAUUGCUGAAACAGGAUAUCUUCUUUGCUGACUUUGACCCCCAGCUAAAAGCACCUCAGAAGAAACAGGGAAAACUCAGGCAGAAGUUUCCAGCUGCGCCAAACUCUCUAAAAAACAAGAAAAUUAAGGCGUCUGCUAGAAUUGAAAAUGCUGAAAAUCUAAACACAGAACCAGCAAAACCAGUGAUCAUAGAUGGAACAUUGGGCAAGAUGAGGAGAAAACCUAACAAGGACAUGGCAGAUGCUGGAUCUAGAGGCAAGAACGUGGCCUUAAAGCGUGCACUAGAGGAGGCUGAGGAGGAAGAGCCCCAUCCCAAGAAGAGAGCUAAGCUGGCGGAGGGUUUAAAACGACGCAAGAACCGAAAGGCACAGACUACUGAGUCAGUUGCCAAUGUAAAAAGGAGAAAGAAACCAAAUUCUGUCAUGGAGAAAAGGAAGGGAUUCAGAACACCAGCCUCAGGAGCAGAGCCUCAUGCCAAGGCCAAACGUGUUAGGAAGAGGAAGAAGGACUCCGGUAACCGAUCAAUAUCUGUUUCAUCCAAGAAGCGCCGCCCUUCAUCUCAGCUAGAGCUAGAGACUUUGUGUGAAGAGAGACCUGAUUCCCCCAGUGACAGUACUGAUGAGGCCCACACAAACAAGAAGGCAGAACGUGCAAAAAAAGAGAGCGUGUGUCAGAUUUGUGAAAAGACAAGUGAGGACUUGGUGACAUGUGAGGGACAAUGCUAUGGUUCUUACCACCUGCAGUGUGUGGGUUUGGACCGGCCAACAGACAAGGUGCUUUGUACUGCUUGCAGGACAGGAGUGCAUGCAUGUUUCACCUGUAAGCAGUCUGAAGGGGAGGUGAAACGCUGCAGUGUUCUGCAUUGUGGUAGAUUCUACCAUGAGGCAUGUUUGCGUUUGAAUGCCUUGACUGUGUUUGAUAACCGAGGGUUCCGCUGCCCACUGCACACCUGUCUCAGUUGUCACUACAGCAGCCGCGGCACUGCAAAAGCCACCAAAGGAAAGAUGAUUCGCUGUCUGCGCUGCCCUGUGGCCUAUCACACUGGAGACCUGUGCGUAGCUGCAGGAAGCGAAAUGCUGACAUCUACUGCUAUUGUGUGUACUAAUCACUUCAACCCUAAGAAGGGCUACAGCCAUCACUCACAUGUCAAUGUCAGCUGGUGCUUCAUCUGCUCAAAGGGUGGCAGUCUGCUGUGCUGUGAGUCGUGUCCAGCUGCCUUUCACCCCGAUUGUCUGAACAUUGCCAUGCCUGAUGGCAGCUGGUUCUGUAAUGACUGCCGCUCAGGCAAGAAGCCCAAGUACAGGGACAUCAUCUGGGUCAAACUAGGCAACUAUAGGUGGUGGCCAGCAGAGAUCCGUCACCCCAGAAAUAUCCCUACAAACAUCCAGCAUCUGCGACAUGAGAUUGGAGAGUUCCCUGUUUACUUCUUUGGGUCGAAGGACUACUUCUGGACCCACCAGGGCCGUGUGUUCCCUUAUAUAGAGGGAGACAGGGGAAGCAGGCACCAGAGAAAUGGCAUUGGGAAAGUCUUCAAGAAUGCCCUGCUGGAGGCUGAGGCUCGAUUUAAACAGAUAAAGAUGGAAAGAGAAGCUAAAGAGGCCCAGGAGAACAACAAGAAACCUCCUCCAUAUAAAUACAUCAAGAUCAACAAACCAUGUGGGCGCGUCCAGAUUUACACAGCUGAUAUCUCAGAGAUUCCCAAGUGCAACUGUAAGCCAACCGACGAGCGCCCCUGCAGCUUUGAGUCAGAGUGCCUGAAUCGUAUGCUUCUGUAUGAGUGCCACCCUCAGGUGUGUCCGGCUGGAGAGCGCUGCAUGAAUCAGGACUUCACCAAACGCCUCUAUCCUGAGACCAAGAUCUUCCGCACAGCCGGCAAGGGCUGGGGCCUCUUCACUCUACGAGAUAUCAAAAAGGGCGAGUUUGUGAAUGAGUAUGUAGGGGAGCUGAUUGACGAGGAGGAGUGUAGAGCCAGAAUUAAAUAUGCCCAGGAGAACGACAUAAUUAACUUCUACAUGCUCACUAUUGAUAAGGACCGGAUUAUAGAUGCAGGGCCUAAAGGGAAUUACUCUCGCUUCAUGAACCACAGCUGUCAACCCAACUGUGAGACUCAGAAGUGGACUGUGAACGGUGACACCCGUGUGGGGUUGUUCGCUGUUUGCGACAUCCCAACCGGUACAGAGCUGACAUUUAACUACAAUUUGGAUUGUCUGGGAAAUGAGAAGACAGUCUGUCGCUGUGGUGCGCCCAACUGCAGCGGUUUCUUGGGGGACAGACCCAAGAUUGCGCCGUCUUCAGAGUCGAAAGCGAAGCCACAGAAGAAGAAGCCUCGGAAGCGACGUGCCCGGAAUGAAGGGAAGAAGCAGUCUGAAGACGAGUGUUUCCGCUGUGGUGAUGGAGGAGAGCUGGUCCUGUGUGAUAAGAAGGGCUGCACCAAAGCCUACCACCUUUCCUGCCUGGACCGCACCAAAAGGCCGUUCGGUCGCUGGGAUUGCCCCUGGCACCACUGUGAUGUGUGUGGAAAGCCCUCUGAUGCCUUCUGUCAGCAUUGCCCCAACUCCUUCUGUAAGGCCCACGAAGAGGGUGCGCUGCGCCCACACCCCAUCACAGGCCAGCUGUGCUGCCAAGAGCAUGACGACUCAGAUCUGCAGGCUUCAAUGGAGAACAGCAAGGAGCUUUCCAGCACCUCUCAACCUCUUCUGCCUAAAAAAACAGCUAAACGCGGCCGCAAGGCUGGGACCAAGAACACCUCCAAUAGAGCUGCCAAUAAGGGCCCCAAGAAAAGCUCAAAAAAGGCAGCCGAAGUGUAAAGCUGGUAAGACUACCCUUCCUCUCCCCUCCUGUCCCCUCCCCUCCCCUCCAUGGCCUGCCCGCCCUCUACUCAUGAUUCAGUGGUAUUGACGUCGUCUUGACUGUUCUCCAAAACUGCAAGCACUGUGUGUGUCUGAUCAGGGAAGUAUGUGAACACUGUAGAGCUCCAUGGAGCUGCCACAUCAGGUCCCCCCACGCACUCAACCUCCUCUCCGAAUCGAGUGUGCGCACACUGAAAAACACACUCAUGCACACUUGUGUCGAUGUGCGUUCAACACAGAGCCAACAGACCAAACAGCCUCAUUACUACACAGCAUUACCGACGCCAAACUUGAAUCUUUUUACGCCUAUUUUAAUCUUUGAGAUAGAUGCCUUUUUUUUUUUUAACAGUAGAUAUGUAUAUGGAAAUGUAUAUGAAAGACCAAAAUUAUAAUAAUACUGGAAUUAUUGAUAGUAACAGAUGCCAGUGAGGAGUUUUUUUGUUUUUUGUCUUUUUUUUAUUGUUUUAUAAUUUUUUUUAAAUAACCAAUGGUAUCGUUAAAUUUAAGACACUAUGGAUAGCCCUUGAAUUACUUUUUUUUUUUUAUAGUCAAUUAUAGAAUGCAUUUAACUAUAGAGCAGCAUAUUUUUAGCACAUUUUUGUUAGCUCAUUUUUUUGAGUUUACGUAACAGGCUAGAAUGUUAAGUCUCUGUGAAAUCUACCUAUUCAGAGUUUUAAAAAAGGCACAGUAAAUUCAGACAGGGCGCUUCUGUGAUAUUUGGGUGAAAUAAAGCUUUUUAAAGC